CUAGUAUUUAUUAAUGUCUGCGGAGUGCGGGAACACUUUAAGCACCUAGUCCCCCCCCAACCCUUCCUAGGAGGUACUUGAAAGCUCUUCUUAGCCGACAGCCCGGGUUAUAUAUCAUAUCGCACAUAGCAUCGCAACCGACGAAACCACAAAACCACAAAACAAGCACACCCAUCGAUCAACGGCGUCAAAAGAUCCCCAAGACCCCUUUUUGAAAAGAUCAAUCAAGUCUAUCAUCGAAAUAAACAUCAAAAUGUCCAAAUUAACUCUUUACGACACCGCCGUGGUUCCCAUCAUCGGCACACUCAAACAACUCGCGGCCAUUCUCAAAAAAGGUGAAUCGCACCUCGACGCCAAGGGCCUCCCGCACUCGACCCUCCUCGAGGCACGCAUCGCACCGGACAUGAAUCCGCUGCCGUUCCAGGUCCAGACGGCCAGCAACACGGCCAAGUUCCUCGCGGUGCGCGUGGGCGGCGUGCCCAACGAAGCCUGGGCCGACGACGAAAAGACCUUUCCGGAGUUGCACGCCCGGAUCACCAAGACCAUCGCCUUUCUGGAGAGCGUCAAGCGCGAAUCGUUCGACGACAAGGAAGGGGUCGAGUUGACGGUCCGCGACCGCAACUACACCGGUCUCAGUUACGUGACCGGGUUUGCGUUGCCAAACUUUUACUUUCACGCCGUCACCGUCUAUGACCUCCUGAGGAUGAACGGGGUCGACGUCGGAAAGAAGGAUUGGUUGGCUCUGUGAGAGAAGAGAAACCCAUAAACCCUUUGGAGGAAGCCAGGUUAAAAAAAAGGACUAGGUAGAUCAUCAAAAUCUCGACUGCUCAAGACAGGAUGAUGACCACUGCGCAGUGCAAGACCUCGUUCCAGUAGGAGGCGAUCAAGUCUUCUUUUCUGUUUCUUUUCGAGUCAGGUGAAUGAAAUAGAUUGUCCCAUGUCCC